AUGGUGGAGUGGGAUCUCCUCCAAAUUGUAUUCCCCGAUCCUGCCACUGCUGCCCGGAUUCGGAAGAGCUCUCCUUGGAUUUUUGAAAAGUUCCUCAUCCAUGUGCAGGCAUGGGAACCGCCCACUAGGAUUUUGGCGGCGUCGCUGGUCAAGGUUCCCCUGAUGGUGCAAUUUUGGGGGAUUCCCUACUACUGCUGUACGGAGAAGCUGGGCUCGAUGCUUGGUGCUUCCCUGGGACCAGCAGAUCCUGCUUUGGUGCAUCGAUCGACCUCUUCGGGUGGCCUCUAUAUCAGGGCAAAAGUGACUCUUGAUCUUCUUAUGCCUCUCCCUGAUGAAGUGUCUGCGGCUCAUGAAAAUCCCUCUAAAGGUAGCUUCAAAUCAAAGUUGCAUUAUGAAGCCCUUCCACAGUUUUCUUUUUUGUGUGGUGUGGUUGGCCAUGUGAGUCGUCUGUGCCCAAGGAAGGAAGAGUUGGCAGGGGCUCCUCCUCGUUAUGGGAAGCAUAUGGUCGCUCGAGAAUUCGGCCCUCGCGUCAACGAAACAACUCUGGCUCGGUGUCGCAAACGUUUUGUUUUCACCUUGGCUGGCAACAGUUCUGGGCCUCGAUCGGCGGCAAGUUCUCACAAGCCCACUGCUGCACCUCUCUUGGCUGCUGCUUCUGGUCAGGAUCAAGGCUUGUCUAAGGGGAUGACUUCUCAUCUCUGUCAGCUGCAAAUUUCAGAUGUGCCUUUUGACGAGAAGAGUGCCCAGUCCGCCUCUUGGGAUGUUUCUUAUGACCAGGAGAUGAUCGAGGCUUCCGAGCCUCCUUCCAAGAAGGCUCGUCUUGUGACUCAGGAGCAAGAUUCUUCUAUUUUUCAGCAUGUCAGGGUGGAGGAAGCCGGCCCAAACCCGUUCCAAAUCGAUAAAUGA